AUGACCAGAGGACUGACGCGUCACUUCUCGCGUACCAAGGCUCAUCGCGAUGCUAUGUUCAGAAACUUGGUCACCCAGCUCUUCCAGCACGGAUCCAUAGUGUCAACGCAUGAAAAAUGUCAAGAAGCAGGACGUCUUGCAGAAAGAAUCAUCACGAUGGCCAAGAGCCUGGAAAAGCAUCCAAACUCUGCAAAAGAGAUUCAAUCGCGACUCUCGCUGGCCGGAGACUCUAGUAAGCUCCUAAAUCGUGUUGUUGGCGACCUGGCACCACGCUACCAAAACAGACCCGGUGGAUAUACGCGUGUGAUGAAAUUGGAGCCUCGUCUUGGAGACCGUGCGAAACAGAGCAUUUUGGAGCUCGUUGACGCCCCCGUCGUGGACCAAAAUGGCGCGUUCCAAAGAGGAAACAUCAAACUUUGGCUUCUUUGCAAAACUGCAAUUGCUAACGAAACAGCAAACGUUCCUUACUCUCCCUUGACGUUGCAGAACUUUGCCAAAAUGCUGAAAUUUAGAACUGAUGCUACAGAGUUCUUCUCUCGCGACGUGUUGGCCGUCAGACGUUUUAUAAAACAAGAAUCGGAGAUACCAUACGACGAGGCCGCAGAGCUCCAAGCCAUAGCCCAACUGCAAAAACAGAUAAAUGAGCUCCCGGAACAAAAGCCUUCAACCUCCAAAGUCCUGGGAUACACUAUGGUCGCGGAAAGGCCGCAACGCUAA